AUGAUCUGUAUGCAUGUACGGAAGUUUCUCCAUUUUGCAAAGUGUUUUACAUCCAAGAGAAAUUGUACUGUCCACUUGCAUUUGAUGUUGUAUCACUGCUCAAGAGAAUCCCAGGAUGAAGUUUUGCCUUUUGAGUGGUAUAAGAAAGCUUUCCCAACUAUAACAAAAUUGACCCACCAGUUAAAAAAUGUCGAUUUAAUUGAUGGAAAGUUGGUGAAUAUCAAUGAUGAUUCAAUCGUUAUUGAUGAUCGUAUUGCGGACAAGAUGCAUACAUUGAAGUCACUUGUAAGUAUGUUUAUUGGUUCGCCUUGGGUUCAGCAAAAUCUAAAGGAAAAUGUAGAGGCCAUUUCAGCUAAUACAAAAUUCAAGCCAGUUGUUUCUUUUAGCAAGCUACGUGAAAGAGAGCCCAUGAUUGUGAAUUCCCUAACCAAAAUAAGCAAUUUCCUUAGUGUAUCUGCUCAACAAAGGAAGUUGGUGCGUUCUGCAAUAUGCCCACAGCUUGGAUCCCAUAACAGUGUCAAUUCUCAAAGUUCUGGUACAUGGGAAGAAGUUCUUGAGAUGUUCAAUGAUCUCAUUAGGUGUUUGGAAAGCGAGAAGGGAUUACUUUAUCAUGUGGCAAAGCUUGAGGUGAUGAAAGAAGGGUUUUCUCAGAUCAAGGAUGUUUUGGUUGACAAGGCUAUUGGAUACAAGGAGGCUCGGCAUCAGAAAAGCCUGGUGCAGAAGAAGCUCUCCAAGACACUGGGUUACUCUUCACGCUGUUUGUUCACGCUUUUAUUGUAUUACCUCUAUGGACAUGUUAGAGACAUUGAAGUUGAUUUAUGUGGAGGAAUUUAUGGUGGUGAAGGUGGCGCUAGGUUUUGCUUGUGCAUGGGGAGGAUUUUGACUUCUGUUGAGGAGAAGAUGGUUAAGAGCGGGGUGAAGCAGUUGGACAGGGCUCUUGGGCUAUUCAAGUUUAUAUGGGAAACAGCAGGGAUGCAAGGGGUUUUGGAACUGCAAGGUCAUCUGUAG